CUGCCGCCGUGCGCCCCCCAGCGCGCCCACUCUCGGGCCCGCGCUCCCCUCCUCCUACCGCGCACCCUCGCCGCCCCCACCCCUGGUCUGGCAGGGAACUUGAACCGGUCCAGCCUGUUUAAACCGAAAGGACAGAGAUCCUGUCUGUUCAAUGUAAAAAAAAAGAAAAAAAAGAAAAGAAAAGAAAGAAAGAAAAGAAAAGAAAGAAAGAAGAAGAAGAAAAAAAAAACCACAUCAGACCGAGAGAGAGCGAGAGAGAGAAAGAGAAAGAGAGAGAGAGAAGAGAGAGCAUAGAACGAGAGCCCAGAGCAGAGCGAGGUGUAGGAAACCGAAGGGAGAGAACCCGAGUGUGUGAGUGUGUGUGUGUGUGAGUGUGUGUGCGUGUGUGUGAGUGUGUGUGAGUGUGUGUGCGUGUGAGUGUGUGCGUGUGCGUGUGAGCGCGAGCGAGCGAGUGAGGGAGAGGAGCGAGAGAGUGCGAGCGAGAAAGAAUAAAAGGAAAGAUUUUUCUCUAUGUAUAUAAAGAUGGCCACGUUAGCAAACGGACAGGCUGACAACGCGAGCCUCAGUACCAACGGGCUCGGCAGCAGCCCGGGCAGCGCCGGGCACAUGAACGGAUUAAGCCACAGCCCGGGGAACCCGUCGACCAUUCCCAUGAAGGACCACGAUGCCAUCAAGCUGUUCAUUGGGCAGAUCCCCCGAAACCUGGAUGAGAAGGACCUCAAGCCCCUCUUCGAGGAGUUCGGCAAGAUCUACGAGCUUACGGUUCUGAAGGACAGGUUCACAGGCAUGCACAAAGGCUGCGCUUUCCUCACCUACUGCGAGCGUGAGUCAGCGCUGAAGGCCCAGAGCGCGCUGCACGAGCAGAAGACCCUGCCCGGGAUGAACCGGCCGAUCCAGGUGAAGCCUGCGGACAGCGAGAGCCGAGGAGGUAGUAGCUGCCUGCGCCAGCCCCCUUCACAAGAUAGAAAACUCUUCGUGGGCAUGCUCAACAAGCAGCAAUCCGAGGACGAUGUGCGCCGCCUCUUCGAGGCCUUCGGGAACAUCGAGGAGUGCACUAUCCUGCGUGGGCCCGACGGCAACAGCAAGGGGUGCGCCUUUGUGAAGUACUCCUCCCAUGCUGAGGCGCAAGCCGCCAUCAACGCUCUACACGGCAGCCAGACCAUGCCUGGAGCCUCCUCCAGCCUGGUGGUCAAGUUUGCAGACACUGACAAGGAGCGCACGAUGCGACGGAUGCAGCAGAUGGCUGGCCAGAUGGGCAUGUUCAACCCUAUGGCCAUCCCCUUCGGAGCCUAUGGCGCUUAUGCUCAGGCACUGAUGCAGCAGCAAGCAGCCCUCAUGGCAUCAGUCGCGCAAGGAGGCUACCUGAAUCCCAUGGCUGCCUUUGCUGCCGCCCAGAUGCAGCAGAUGGCAGCCCUCAACAUGAAUGGCCUGGCAGCCGCACCUAUGACCCCAACCUCAGGUGGCAGCACCCCUCCAGGCAUCACUGCACCAGCUGUGCCUAGCAUCCCAUCCCCCAUUGGGGUGAAUGGCUUCACCGGCCUCCCCCCACAGGCCAAUGGGCAGCCUGCUGCGGAAGCUGUGUUUGCCAAUGGCAUCCACCCCUACCCAGCACAGAGUCCUACCGCAGCGGACCCCCUGCAACAGGCCUACGCUGGAGUGCAGCAGUAUGCAGGACCUGCCUAUCCUGCUGCCUAUGGUCAGAUAAGCCAGGCCUUUCCUCAGCCACCGCCAAUGAUUCCCCAGCAACAGAGAGAAGGGCCAGAGGGCUGCAACCUGCUCAUCUACCAUCUGCCCCAGGAGUUUGGGGAUGCUGAGCUGAUGCAGAUGUUCCUCCCUUUCGGUAAUGUCAUCUCCUCGAAAGUGUUUGUGGAUCGGGCGACUAACCAAAGUAAAUGCUUUGGCCGGCACCCCGUGCCCUCCCGCUGCCAGGCCCCCUCCUGUCAGGGAGGACAGUGUGCAAUAAGCUCCUCCGCCCGCAGGCUUCGUGAGCUUCGACAACCCGGCCAGCGCGCAGACCGCCAUCCAGGCCAUGAACGGCUUCCAGAUAGGCAUGAAGAGGCUCAAGGUGCAGCUGAAACGGCCCAAAGACGCCAAUCGCCCGUACUGAGCGCCGGCGGGAGCGUCCCCCGGGGGAGACCAGGACUCGCACAGGGCCAGUCAAAUCCACCACAGUCUCGCGCUGAGCUAGGAAUAAAGUUCACGUAAUCACAUGAGAGUGGAGAAAAGUCCCCCAUCCGGCAGGAUGCUGAACGGGCUACAUUAAAAACAAACCUCUUUCUCUCUCUGUUUAUAAAUGAGAACUGUUGGACGACACCUUUGACAUAUCAGCCAAUACCAAUCAAGCUGAAGACUCCAGACACUCUGUGUGACUGUAACAUUUCUUCAAGGAAAGUAUAGCGUCUAUGGAGUACAGAGGGCACGUGUUUGGGGAAAAAUACACAUGACAUAAAGAUGACGACGAAGAAGAAAAAUGAGAUAAAACAAACAAACAAAAAACCUGCAACUUUAAACCGAAAUAACGUGAGCCCAGAUGGGGAAGCUGAAGGGCUGGGCACUAGGAGACACUGCUGCUGCCAACCGAUCCUGGGGCUUUUCCAGCCCGUGGGCGCCUGAGUCAGGCAGGGGCAAGCGUACAAAGGGGCCUGGUCCCCAGCAGGCGGCUGGGAGGCCGCCACUGAGCAUCUCUAUUUGUCAUUCCUUUAGCUAUUUAGGGACCAAAGGACCAAACUUUUUAUUGCAGAUGUGUAGCUCUGUCAAUUAGAGGUAGAAUGGAGACCAACCUCCUUCCUGCCUCCUAGCUGUUCUUGAAACAGCUUAGAGCGAUUCUAUGAAAAAAAAAAAAAGUAAUAAAAAAAUAAAAAAUAAAUAAAAAAUGAACAAAAAAAAAAAAACAGGAAAAAAAAAUGCUUUGACGCUUUUAAAA